UUCAUCCUCUAUUCUUCGGCUUUCCCAUCUCCAAUCGGCAUCAUCACAGCCAUUCUCAUCAUCUACUACUCUCAUCCUCUCUCGAACUCGGCCAUUGAGCCCAUUUCCCAUCACCGACUGCCACAUCUCUGAUCGCGCACUGUGCGCCCACCGGACACCCGUUACGUCAUCGCAAUGGACCCCAAUCCCGUUCCUGGAGCUGUCCCAGCCGCAGCUGGCAUCGACAAAGCUCCCGAGACUGUCGCAACCACUACCGCCAUCACCGACGCGGGUGAGAAGCCCACAGAGACUGUAGCUUCGGAGACGAAGCCAGUCGAGGAAAAGAAGGACGAGGUCGCACCAGUCCCAGAGACAUCAGCUACUGAGGCUGCCGAGCCCGCCAAGCUGGCGGAUCCUCCUGCGCUGGCCCCACCGGCCGAUGCGCCAGCUGCACCAGCUGCGGCCGAAGCUACCGCCGAUGUGCCCAAGCCGGCCUCCGUCGAAGAAAUUCCCGACAAAGACGGGCCUCUUGCGACGACGGGAACCGAGGAGCCGAAGGUCAAUCCCGCUGAACAGCCUGCUGAGAAGCCGGCCGCAACCUCUGCACCCGUUGCCGAGCCUGUCAAGGAAUCUGUCGAAGAGCCUGUUCCGCAACAGAUACUCAAGGCGCCAGCGGUCGAGGAAGAGUCAGUCAAGGAACCAAUCGUUGAGAAGCCUGAAGUCACCAAUGGCGCUGCGACUAAGGAUGUCGAGAUGACCGGUGCCCUCAAUGACGCCGAGCCCACCGGUGCCGGAGAGCGCGAGGCCGCGCCGCAGGCCAAGCCGAGCAACAAGCGCAAGGCGGAUGACCUAACCGAAACCAAUGGUACCAACGGAACCAAUGGUACCAAUGGCGUUGAGGCUGUCGAGGCUACUCCGGAAGAAAAGCCCGCAGAGAAGAAGGCCAAGAGGGGCCCUGGCCGACCCCCUUCAAACGGCGCUGCGAAGCAAGUAAAGGAGAGCCCCAAGAAGGAGAAAGAGUCUUUUGGCCAUAAGGUUGCCAGCAAGGUUAAGAAGGUUCUGCACUCGCCCGGUCAAACUCAGCGUAAGACUCGCUCUCAAGGCCCCGUCUAAACGGGCCACGCGGCGAGCCUGAUGCUUCUGAGGCACGUACCCGUAUCGCCUCGGAAUUUCUUGAAUGUCGAUUUAGGGUCCCAUGGA